GUUGUUGCUGAAAAACAGACCGAUAGUACUUUUAGUACAUUUACCGUUUCAAACGGGUUUAUAUCGAAUUUUGGCUUAUUAAAGAGGGGAAAAUAUGUCUGAGGGAGCGAUCACUACUACAGAAGAGAUUGAAGAGCUUAAAAAGAAGCUUGCUCUCCUUGACGGAGACAGGAAAGCUUACUACGAAAGUUCUCAAUGGACUAUGAAGAAGAACAAAGAUACAAUCAGCAAAUUAAGGGAGAAAAAUAAACGUUUGCGAUUCGAACUGGCAAAGAAGAAAGCGGGAGAUGAGCAAGUGAUUGAUGAUGCUUUCAGAGAAAAAGACCCUCAAAGACACUGUGCAAUGAGAGGCAUGUCAGGGAAGGCUGCCAUUACUAAACUUGACCAACAAGUGUGUGAGGCAGAGAAGAAACUGAAUGCUUGUAAACAUCAGAGAAGUACUCGCGAGAAGAAACUGGAAGCCUUAGAAACUGAAUAUAAUCAGCUGGUUAAAGAUGCUGAAGAGGUGUCUAGUACAGAUGCAGGAGAAUCAGCUGAGGCACAGAAACUGCGGAGUUUGGAGAAUGGUCUUGACAAAAUGAUUUUGAAAGUCAAUGAAGCAAAGAAAAUUAAGACUAUCUACGAGGGUUUACUGGAACAACUGAAGGAGGAGCGACGCACUUGGCCUAAUCAACUGAAUAAUCAUGAGAAAGCCAUUUGUGCUCAGAGAGAGGAACUUGAAGAGCUGAAUGCUAUGAAUCAUGAUGCCCAGAUUGCUCGUGAGGCUGCAAAGGCAGAACUCACAAAAUUAGAGCAGUCAGUGUUUGAGAGGAAAAAGGAGCGGGAGAAGGAACUGGCUCAGUACAAGAAACAAGCAGAAGAGAAGAAAGAUCAUGCUGAAAAAGUUGAGAAAAGGCUACAGAGAAGUUCUCUCCAGCAAGAGGAUCUUACUGAACAAAAAGCAGUCCUAUCUGGGGAAGAACAAGAACGUAAGAUUACAACUUAUGAGGAGGCCAUGAACAAGAUCAAGGACACAACAGGGGUGUCUGACAUCAAGGAGGUGGUGCAGCGUUUCUUAUCUCAAGGUGACACUCAAAAGCAUUUGGAGACACUGAAGUUGAACAAUGAAAAGAUGCUUGUCAGACUUAAGGAGGAAAAGGAGAAACUAAGAAUGGAGUAUGAAGAGAUGAAAUACUCUGGAGAAGCUAAGUUGUCAAGUGGACAGAGAAUGCUGGAGGAAUUUCAGCAACGUCUCGCUGAUGAGGAGAAACGCUGCUCCGAUGCAAAAGACCGUCAAGAAAGAGCCAAUAAGACUCUUGUCAAUGUUAAAGCUGGAAUUGAACAUCUGGCUGAUAAGCUGCAACACUUGAAAGCGCCUAAGGGCCACGUACCGCAGGCUCAGUUGUCCCCAACCUCUGACGAGUAUAUCUUGGACUUACUCGGCACGUGUGAACAGAAGCUACUCAAACUGACCGACGACUUAGGUGGAAAAGAUAUCAGCGAUGUCAUGAAAGAAAUGGAGGAUGCUGAGUUCCGCGCGACAAUGGAGAACAAGUUACCACAGUAUAAUACCCGAGUCAAGCUACCCACCACGUCCGAUCGAAUGGCUGUGUAUGACGAUGACGAGGACAGCGGUGAAGAUGAAGAUGUUCUCUCUAGAAACGCAAUCAAACGCUACUCACAGCAGCUCGUGGAUUCAAAGACGAAGAAGCAUAAACCACGCAAUAGAAAGAGGAAAACUAAACAAUGAAACUUUGGAGAAAAUCUAAAGAUUUGUAAUCAUGUAUCGGACUUUCGAAAAGUUUGGCACCGUUUCGAUUACGUAUACUUUGAUCCUGUAUUAUAUCAGCAAUAAAGUAAAGUUAGAGUUGAA